AUGAAUUACAGAAGAAGGAAAAAAAUUUACGAAAUUGUCAGCCGAAACAAAAAUAGAUACCAGGAAGGUGGAUUCGACUUGGACUUGACCUAUAUUUAUCCGAACAUCAUAGCUAUGGGCUUUCCAGCUGAAAGACUUGAAGGUGUCUACAGAAACAACAUAGAUGAUGUAGUGCGAUUCUUGGAUUUGAAGCAUAAAAAUCAUUACAAAAUAUAUAAUCUAUGUGCAGAAAGACAUUAUGAAAGACAUUACAUAAGGUUGAAAAUGGAGUACCAACUGAAAGUGAAAAUCCACACAUCUAAUCCAGUGCACACAAGGCGAGAGGAGAAGUACAUGUACUUUGACUUUCCACAGCCACUGCCUGUGUGCGGAGACAUCAAGGUGGAGUUCUUCCACAAGCAGAGCAAGAUGAUGAAAAAGGAUAAAAUGUUUCACUUCUGGGUGAACACCUUCUUCGUCCCAGGACCAGAUGAGAGCUCAGAGAAGGUUGAAAAUGGAGGUUUAGUGAAGGAACUGGAUGGAAAACAAACCACAGAACGGGGAGAGAAUGAUAAGGAUUAUCUAAUCCUGACUUUAGCCAAGAACAACUUGGAUUUACAAACACAUAAAUUUAAAGGUAGCAGCAUGUCGGCCCAUCCUCUUGUUAAAGGUGUGAACAGAAGCACUGUCGGCCUGAACAUCCACAGGAGGCUCUACUCCAUCCGUUACAUCAUACAUAGCUUUUCCCGAAUCUGCAGGCCGCCACAGUUUGGGGUGAAAACAGCAAUAGUAGAGAACUUUUAUCAACAGACCCAAGACAUAACAAAGUGGGAUGGAGAUUAUCAAGGCGAACGACUGAAGGCGUACGACUGGGUCAUCUCUGCAUCUCGGUACAAUCUCAAUGUCCAACUGCUGCACUUCUGUAGCCAUGUUGUCCAACAGAUUGACCAUUAG